AUGAGCAAAACUAUUGCCCAGACUGAAUUGGAUGGGGUUCUACCCUUAGUUGCAAGGGGGAAGGUUAGAGAUAUCUACGAGGUGAAUCCUGAGACUUUAUUGUUCAUUGCUACCGACCGUAUUUCUGCUUAUGAUGUGAUCAUGGAUAACACUAUUCCAGAUAAAGGUGUUUUGUUGACAAAACUAUCCGAAUUUUGGUUUGAUUUUCUAUCCAAGGAUGUCCGUAAUCAUCUGAUUAAAAUCCCAGCUGAUAAAUCCGUAUUUGAUUUCCUGCCUAAAGAAUUGAGUGAGCCCAAGUAUAAGGAACAACUGCAGGGAAGGUCUCUCUUGGUUCAAAAACAUAAGUUGGUACCUUUGGAGGUCAUCGUUCGUGGCUAUAUCACUGGCUCUGCAUGGAGCGAGUAUUCAAAAACCCGCUCUGUACAUUCCUUACCUCAACCGGAUGGUUUACAAGAAUCUCAAGAGUUCCCAACCCCAAUUUUCACACCUUCCACCAAGGCUGAACAAGGUGAACACGACGAGAAUAUAUCACCUGAAAAAGCAGCUGAAAUCGUCGGUAAAGAGCUCUCCGAGAGAAUAGCUAAAUUGGCUAUCAAACUAUAUGUUAAAUGUAAGGAAUAUGCAAGGAGUAAAGGUAUAAUAAUUGCUGACACCAAGUUUGAAUUCGGUAUCGAUGAGGAGACAAAUGAAAUUAUUUUAGUUGAUGAAGUUUUAACGCCUGACUCAUCGCGUUUCUGGAGCUCUAAUGAUUAUAAGGUAGGAGAAUCUCAAAAUUCUUAUGAUAAACAGUUCUUGAGAGACUGGCUCACUGCCAAUAGCCUAAGAGGUGUCGAUGGGGUCAAGAUGCCUGAAGAUAUAGUUGAUAAGACAAGAGCCAAAUAUCUCGAAGCCUACACAACCUUAACUGGUGAAGACUUUUGA